GAGGAAAAAAUCCGAGCCCUACUCCCGUUAGAAGGCGCGGUUCCUUUCUCUCCCUCACUCGGCUCUCUGAAACGCCUGUUUCCGUCCCUCGCUCUAGGAGAGAUUUGAUCGAGGAGAAGAGAGGAAAGGAGAAAUGGGACAAAUCCAGUACUCGGAGAAGUACUUCGACGAUACCUAUGAAUACAGGCACGUGGUUCUUCCUCCUGAAGUGGCGAAGUUGCUCCCCAAGAACCGCCUCCUCUCCGAGAACGAGUGGCGAGCGAUCGGCGUGCAGCAGAGCCGGGGUUGGGUGCACUACGCGAUCCACCGCCCGGAGCCGCACAUCAUGCUCUUCCGGAGGCCCCUCAACUACCAGCAGCAGCAGGAGAACCAGGCCGCCACCGCCGCCGCCGCCCAGAUGAUACACAAGUGAAGACCAAGUCGCCUCAUCCCCUCCCCUUCCUCGGAUCGCUCCUCCUUUUCCUUAGGAUCUAUUCCUCCUCCUACUUUCCAUCUCAUUUCUUCCCUUCCGUUGCUCGUCUUCUGUUUGUGGAAAUGUUAAUCUCUGUGACCGCCACAGUGGGCUGUCCGUGACUAUGGAUGUCCGUAACUCGGGACUGCCCUGCUUGCGAAGCAAAAAUGUUACAUGGUUGUUUUCCAUUUAAAAUAUGUCGAUUUUCCUAUUUUUAUUA